AUGGAGAAGUACUUUAGACCUGAUAAACUAGAGGCUGAUCCAAACUCCCAAACUGCCGCCAAAGAAUUUAAACACUGGUACGAAACAUUUAAGAAUUUUUUGGAAAGCAAUAAAUCUACAGAAAAAUCGCUAGAAGAUAAAGACAAGUACAUGCUUUUAAUCAAUUUUGUCUCACAUUCAGUAUAUGAUUACAUAAGCGAAGCAAAAACAUACAUUUCUGCUAUCAAAAUUUUGGAAGAGUUGUAUAUUAAACCUACAAAUGAGAUUUACGCAAGACAUAUUCUAGCUACAAGAAAACAACAAAUAAACGAAUCUAUAGAUCAGUAUGCUCAACAGCUAAAGCUUUUGGCUAAAAAUUGUAAUUUUAAAGCAGUUUCUUCAGAAGAAAAUAAAAAUGACUAUUAUGACAUUCGUGAUGCUUUUAUUAAUGGUCUCGUUCAAUCUAAUAUAUGUCAAAGAUUACUAGAGUUUAGUUCUUUAUCUUUGGACGAAGCAUUAUCUAAAUCUAGAUCUUUAGAAGAUUCUCAGAAACAAUCUGAUACAUAUCAUGCAGCAUUAAAUAAUAUAGCAUCUUUUAGUCAUCCAAAUUCAGAACAAACUACUUUAGCUUCUGUUCAAACAAAACCUGGUCAGACUUGUUAUUUUUGUGGACAUCCAAGAUAUCCUCGAUCUGUAUGUCCAGCAAGGGCUGCGAUUUGCCAAAACUGUCAUAAAAUUGGACAUUGGUUUAAAAUGUGCAUGCAAUCAAAGAAAAGUCAAACGAGAUCAACUUAUGCAUCUACAAUGGUAAUCGCUUCUUCAAUAGAAACACCUCAAUCGCUUUCAAAAUGUAUAGCCAAAGUAACAGUUAACCAAAUUGAUGCCAACGCUUUAAUAGACACUGGAAGCUCAGAUACUUUUUUAGAUCAUGAAUUCGCUAUUGAAAAUAAGCUUAAAUUUUUUCCAAUACAAGGGGUCCAAGUUUCUAUGGCAUCUAUGUCAUUCUCAGCUAAUAUUCAAGGCUAUUGUUUAAUAAACAUUCAGCUGUCUAAUUAA